GAGAGGGCGAAGAAGAAGCGCCACAGUUUCCGGUUUAAAUUCUAAACAAUGCUCGAAAAAUGUCUGUCUUAGACGAAAUUAAACGUCUUGAAUAUUUAUCUUUGGUGUCAAAGGUGUGUACAGAGUUGGAGAAUCACCUGGGAAUAAGCGAAAAGGAUUUGGCUGAAUUUAUCAUUAGUCUCGCCGAAAAACAUCCAACGUUUGAUGCAUUUAAAGCUGUCCUGUUGGGAAAUGGAGCAGACUUCACAGACACCCUUAUUGGUAAUUUACUUAGACUUAUCAAUACCAUGCGAUCCAUACCAUCCACAAGUAAAGCACUUCAGUCAGAGGACAACCCAAAGAGUCAUAAGGAGAAGUUGAAAACCAAAUACCCUGCUUUAUGUAAACCGGAUGAUCCCAUGUGGAUGAUCCCACCUCCUAACACAGUCAAAGAUGACGAGGAGGUUGCAGCAGCAGCGAUGAAGCAGUUGGAGAUGCUUAUGCCUAAUGUUUGUGACACGAGCUCUGAUAACAGAGGUCGAGAUGCAGACAGAGAAGGUGGAAGUAAGCGACCUCGCUCAAGAUCAAGAGAGCGUGCUGAAGAAACAAACCCCAAACGGAAAAGGAAACGAGCGUCUCGCUGGAGCGACCGUCCACCAAGUCCAGACAGAGACAAUGAUGACGGCAACAGGAAGGAGGACGAGGAACACUGGCGUGAGAAACCUGUGGAUCGGCCUCUGCCAGAUGAGCCUGUUUUGGGUGACAUCUACAACGGCAAAAUCAGCAGCCUAAUGCAGUUCGGUUGUUUUGUCCAGCUAGAAGGCCUCAGAAAACGCUGGGAGGGUCUGGUGCACAUCUCAGAGCUGCGCAAAGAAGGACGUAUAGCAAAUGUGGCUGAUGUGGUAACCAAAGGCCAAAAGGUGAAGGUCAAAGUUCUGUUGUUCACAGGAAGCAAAACCAGCCUCAGCAUGAAGGAUGUUGACCAAGUGACGGGGGAAGACCUGAACCCCAAUCGAAGAAAGAACCUGGAAAGUGGAGGAAGAGAUGAAAUCAUGAGGAAUCCUGACCGCCCCGCUGAAGUUACCGCGCUGGAACUAGAAGACAACCCAACGGAACACAAACGGCUCACCAAGAUAACCGAUCUCGAAAAAUGGGAAAUUAAACAGAUGAUUGCAGCCAAUGUACUUCCUAGAGAAGAGUUCCCAGAAUUUGACGAGGAGACAGGAAUCCUUCCUAAAGUAGAUGAUGAGGAAGAUGAAGAUGUAGAGAUUGAUCUGGUUGAAGAGGAGCCUCCGUUUCUCCAGGGACAGACUAAAUGGACUUUGAACCUGAGCCCGGUCAAAAUAGUGAAGAAUCCAGAUGGCUCCCUUUCCCAGGCAGCCAUGAUGCAGAGUGCUCUCUCUAAGGAGAGGCGAGAGGUGAAGCAGGCAGUCCGUGCAGCGGAGAUGGACUCCAUCCCGACUGGUCUUCACAAAAACUGGAUAGACCCAAUGCCUGAUUAUGAAGGAAGGCAGAUUGCUGCCAACAUGAGAGGCAUUGGCGCUAUGCCUGUUGAUCUCCCAGCGUGGAAAAGAUAUGCUUUAGGAGGGAACCAGGUAUCUUAUGGCAAGAAGACGGAACUGUCCAUCCUGCAGCAGAGAGAGAGCCUGCCUAUUUUCAAGCUUAAGGAACAGCUCGUUCAGGCUGUCCAUGAUAAUCAGAUCUUGAUUGUAGUCGGAGAAACUGGAUCCGGUAAGACCACACAGAUCACUCAGUACCUGGCAGAGGCAGGCUACACCUCCCGUGGGAAGAUUGGUUGUACUCAGCCCCGUCGUGUGGCUGCCAUGUCGGUGGCCAAGAGAGUCUCUGAGGAAUACGGUUGCCGUCUAGGACAAGAGGUGGGAUACACCAUUCGUUUUGAGGACUGCACGUGUACAGAGACAGUAAUCAAGUACAUGACCCACGGUAUGCUGCAGAGAGAGUGUCUGAUCGACCCAGACAUGAGUCAGUAUUGCAUCGUCAUGCUGGACGAGGCCCACGAGAGGACAAUCCACACUGACGUGUUAUUUGGCCUGCUCAAGAAGACAAUAAAGAAACGCAAAGACAUGAAGUUGAUUGUGUCCUCUGCUACGCUGGACGCCGUCAAAUUCUCCCAGUAUUUCUUUGAAGCUCCCAUCUUCACCAUACCGGGAAGAACCUUCCCUGUGGAGAUUCUGUACACCAAAGAACCUGAGACAGAUUACCUGGAUGCCAGUCUCAUCACCGUCAUGCAGAUCCAUUUAACCGAGCCCCCAGGUGACGUCCUGGUGUUUCUGACAGGACAGGAAGAGAUCGACACAGCCUGUGAGAUGCUGUUUGACCGAAUGAAGUCGCUGGGGCCUGAUGUUCCCGAGCUGAUUAUUCUGCCGGUUUAUUCUGCCUUGCCCAGUGAGAUGCAGACCAGGAUUUUUGAUCCUGCGCCCCCAGGCAGCAGAAAGGUCAUCAUUGCCACAAAUAUUGCCGAGACGUCACUGACUAUUGAUGGAAUCUACUAUGUGGUGGACCCUGGUUUUGUCAAGCAGAUUGUGUAUAAUUCUAAAAGUGGCAUUGACCAGCUUCUGGUGACUCCUAUAUCACAGGCUCAGGCCAAGCAGAGGUCGGGUCGAGCUGGCAGAACCGGCCCGGGAAAGUGUUACAGACUCUACACCGAGAGGGCUUACAGGGAUGAGAUGCUUGUGUCCAAUGUACCUGAGAUCCAGAGAACCAACUUGUCCAGCACGGUGCUCUCUCUGAAGGCCAUGGGCAUCAAUGACCUCCUGUCCUUUGACUUCAUGGAUUCUCCUCCCAUGGAGACUCUGAUCACAGCCAUGGAGCAGCUCUACACUCUGGGAGCUCUAGAUGAUGAGGGCUUACUCACAAGGCUGGGUAGAAGGAUGGCUGAGUUUCCUCUGGACCCGAUGCUGUGCAAGAUGCUGAUCAUGUCCGUCCACCUGGCCUGCAGUGAAGAGAUGCUCACCAUUGUCUCCAUGUUGUCUGUUCAGAACAUCUUUUAUAGACCAAAGGACAAACAGGCCCAGGCCGACCAGAGAAAGACAAAGUUCUUUCAGCCCGAGGGAGACCACCUCACUCUGCUGGCUGUGUACAACUCCUGGAAGAACAACAAGUUCUCUAACCCCUGGUGCUUUGAGAACUUUAUCCAGGCUCGCUCACUAAAGAGGUCUCAGGAUAUCCGUAAGCAGAUGAUGAGCAUCAUGGACAGGCACAUGUUGGAUGUGGUGUCUUGUGGGAAAAAUACAGUGCGGGUCCAAAAAGCUAUUUGCAGCGGUUUCUUCCGGAACGCAGCCAGGAAACACCCUCAGGAUGGUUAUCGUACCGUGAUUGACCAGCAGGUGGUGUAUCUCCACCCCUCCAGCACUCUGUUCAACCGCCAGCCUGAAUGGCUCGUGUACCACGAGUUGGUGCUGACCACCAAAGAGUACAUGCGGGAGGUGACCAUCAUCGACCCCCGCUGGCUGGUCGAGUUUGCCCCCGCGUUCUUCAGAGUUGCCGAUCCCACGCGCCUCAGUCGACACAAGAGGCAGCAGAAGCUGGAGCCGCUCUACAACCGCUACGAAGAACCCAACGCGUGGAGAAUCUCUCGUGCCUUCAGGCGACGCUGAAGAGCCACCAUUCUUACACCGAGGUGGACGCACUGUGUACAGUUGUAUAUACAGAGCCGACUAACGACCAAGUAAAGAGUUUAGUAACAUUUCAGCUAUGUUAACUUUGUCAUUACCGUUGUGAAAUGCUAACACUUGAGCUGGUCACUAUUUCUUAUAUUGUAUCGUCUAUUUGAUUUCAUUUUUAUAUUUCUUUAUUGAUUUUACAUCCUUGCAGAUAAACACUGGAUGCCCCUUUA